AGUCGCCUUCUUCCACUGGGUCCCAGGCUCCUCGCCUCGAAGCUGCAAAAGGCGGGCCGCGGGCGAAAGGAGGGAGGCAUUUCGGUUUGAUUUCGCCUGCCCACGCCACGCCGCCGGGAAGGGAGGACGGACCCACCCAUCACCCCAUGGCGGCGGCGACCCUCCCAUCCGCCUCCGCCGCGGCGGCGGUCCGCAGCCUAGCCCGCGCCGUCUCCCCGCGCCACCCGCUCCUCCUCCACGCAUCCCGCAGCGGCCGCGGCCGCCCGCUCCCCCUCCUCGCCGCCGCUGCGUCCCCGGGCUCCCGCCUCUGCCGCGCGCUCUCCGUCUCGGGCUCCGCGGCUGCUGGAGGGAGCAACGGCACUACUUCCGGCGCGGCCGAGAGGGAGUACGACUACGACCUCUUCACCAUCGGCGCGGGCAGCGGCGGCAUGCGGGCGUCGCGCCUCGCCUCGGCCCUCUACGGCGCCCGCGCCGCCGUGUGCGAGAUGCCCUUCGCCACCGUCGCGUCCGACGCCCUCGGCGGCGUCGGUGGCACAUGUGUGCUUCGUGGCUGUGUUCCAAAGAAACUGUUGGUGUAUGCAUCCAAGUACUCUCAUGAGUUUGAAGAGAGCCAUGGAUUCGGGUGGAUGUAUGAGACUGAUCCCAAGCAUGACUGGAGAACUCUGAUAACCAACAAGAAUUUAGAGUUGCAGCGGCUUGUGGGAAUUCAAACAAAUACACUGAAGAAUUCGAGUGUUACUAUAAUUGAAGGCCGUGGAAAGAUUGUUGACCCACAUACUGUCAGUGUGGAUGGCAAGCUUUACACUGCCAAAAACAUACUUGUAGCUGUUGGCGGCCGACCAUCCAAGCCAAACAUCCCAGGAAUAGAUCAUGUCAUUGAUUCUGAUGCAGCAUUGGAUUUGCCUUCCAGACCUGAGAAGAUUGCAAUAGUGGGAGGUGGAUAUAUUGCUUUAGAGUUUGCUGGUAUUUUCAAUGGCUUGAAGAGUGAUGUUCAUGUUUUUAUCCGGCAAAAGAAAGUACUGAGAGGCUUUGAUGAGGAGGUCAGGGAUUUUGUUGCCGAACAGAUGUCUUUCAGGGGUGUCAAAUUUCAUAUAGAACAAACUCCUCAAGCAGUUACCAAAUCAUAUGAUGGUUUGCUGUCUCUAAAGACAAACAAAGAAACUAUCAGUGGAUUCUCACAUGUUAUGUUUGCAACAGGCCGAAAGCCAAACACAAAGAAUUUGGGACUGGAAGAUGUUGGGGUCAAAAUGGACGAGCAUGGUGCUGUUGUGGUUGAUGAGUAUUCUCGCACCUCAGUUGAUUCAAUCUGGGCUGUGGGGGAUGUCACUAACAGGCUAAACCUGACGCCAGUUGCAUUAAUGGAAGCUGGGGCAAUAGCAAGGACCAUUUUUGGAAAUGAACCUACCAAACCAGACUACAGUGCUGUGCCAUCUAGUGUGUUUUCUCAACCACCAAUUGGACAAGUUGGCCUUACUGAAGAGAAGGCUAUUGAAAUGUAUGGAGAUGUUGAUGUCUACACAUCAAAUUUCAAACCUCUCAGGGCCACUCUUUCUGGUCUACCUGAUCGUGUGUAUAUUAAGGUUAUCGUGUGUGCUAAAACAAGCAAAGUCCUUGGAGUACACAUGUGUGGUGAAGAUGCACCUGAGAUCAUCCAGGGUAUUGCAAUUGCUGUUAAGGCUGGGUUGAUGAAGGAAAAUUUUGAUGCCACUGUUGGUGUUCAUCCAACAACCGCUGAAGAAAUUGUCACAAUGAGGAACCCGACAAGGGAAGUCCGGAGAGAUACUGCAGCUGAGGCGAAGACUACAGAUGAGGCUGUGAGUCGGAAGUAGAUUGCACUCAUUUUGCAUAAUGAGUUUGCAUUGCAGGGAUUUUCAGAAGCUGUACAUCUAAAACUAGUCAAUAUCUAACUGCGGAACAACCGGCCAAUGAGGCAAUGACUGUAUAGUAAGGUUAAUAUUUGAAGAAUCCACGAUUGCAGCUAAUGAAGAGCAAAGGUGUAUUGUGACAAUGGUCAAUUAUCUCAUCGCAUUACUUUCUCAACUCGUUUUGUGAUACAUACCGGAGAAGUAGAGAUCUUAAUAUAGUGGCGUAGAGUAUUUGUAGAUGGUUUUCACUAUUUGGGAACAGCAUACUUCUUUUUUUCUUCUUCCAGACAUGUUGAAGCAACCAUUAUCUGGGUUUUCCUGAUUAUGUUGUCGUCAUAUCUUUUUUUGUGUAUAUGUUCUCCGGAGAAUAACAUAUCAGGGUAUAACAAA